AUGAUAGGAAGCAUCGAUUGUAUGCAUUGGGAAUGGAAGAAUUUCCCAACCGCAUGGAAAGGUCAAUACACACGUGGAUCCGGAAAUCCAACCAUCGUUUUAGAGGCUGUAGCGUCACACGAUCUGUGGAUAUGGCACGCGUUUUUUGGACCUCCAGGUACAUUAAACGAUAUCAAUGUUCUUGAUCGCUCUCCAGUUUUUGAUGAUAUAUUACAAGGUUAUGCUCCAAAAGUGAAUUACAUUGUCAACGGCCGCGAGUAUCAUUUGGCUUACUAUCUCACUGAUGGUAUUUAUCCAAAAUGGGCUACUUUUAUUCAAUCUAUUAAACUCCCACAAGAUCCAAAGGCAUCUUUCUUUGCUACUUGUCAAGAAGCUGUCCGUAAAGAUGUCGAGCGUGCUUUUGGAGUCUUGCAAGCUCGCUUCGCCAUAGUCAAAAAUCCGGCUCUUGUCUAUAAUAAGGAAACAAUUGGAAAGAUUAUGAGAGCGUGUAUCAUACUUCACAAUAUGAUAGUAGAGGACGAACGAGAUGGGUACAACCAGUUAAAUCCAGCAGAAUUCGAACAACAAUAUGAUGACCAUGCUGAGCAAGCGGAAGGAAGUUCGUAA